AAGAUUUGUGUAUUUGAGGCGAUUCGGUGACGCGCACUGCAGUGGACGACGGCAAUUACCACAUAAACAACAUCGGUCACAGGGUACCGAGGCUCCGGAUUUUCCAAGGCAGACAACUACUUUAAUUCCAGCCCGCUCCGGACUGCCAUCAGUGAUCAGAAGUGUUAUGAAUGUCGGUAUAGGCGAACAGCGCGCAGUGUUCCAAAAGUGAGAUAAAAAAAAACUAUAACCAAUUCAGAGAAUAUUGGUUGGGUACAUUCAGAAGAGUCUCAACAACAGAGAACCAACCAUGAGCGUCAAGACUGCAGCCACUCUUUGCCUGAUUCUAGGCUUCGUCAGCUAUGCUCAGUCUGAAUCAUGUCGUACUGCGAAAGGAGAAUCCGGGGACUGCAUUAUUAUAAGGAGCUGCCAGACGAUGUUGAACAUUCUUCAGAAGAGGCCAGUUUCUCCGGACGAUGCGGAUUAUCUCAGAAGAUCCCAAUGUGGUUUUGUCGGAAAUGAUCCAAAAGUCUGUUGUCCGACGAAUAACGGAGGCGGCGGCGGCGGUGGUGGUGGCAAUAGCGGUGGAAGCAACUAUAACAGCGGUUCAGCAGGAGGUAGAAAUCCGGACGGUUUAUCAUCCAAUUUGUUGCCCACCUUCAAGCAGUGCGGUCAAUCGGCCCAAGACAGGAUCGUCGGAGGAGAGACCACCGAUCUGGACGAGUUCCCGUGGAUGGCCCUCAUCGAAUACGAGAAACCGAACGGUCGUGGAUUCUACUGCGGCGGCGUUCUGAUCAACAAGAGAUACGUCCUCACUGCUGCCCAUUGUCUCAAAGGAAAGGAUUUACCGAGAACAUGGAAAUUAUCAAGUGUCAGAUUUGGAGAAUACAACACUUCUUCGGUGAAGGAUUGCUUGAGUGACGGAGCAGGAGGUUUUGACUGCUCCGAACCACCAGUCGAUAUUCCAGUUGAGGAGAGGAUUGCUCAUGAAAAGUACAAUCCUUUGGAUACGAACCAGUACCAUGACAUUGCUUUGCUCCGAUUGAGUCGUGAUGCUCCAUACACAGCGUAUAUCAAUCCGAUCUGUUUGCCAAUCAAAAAAACCGAACUGCAGAAGGAUUUGACCGGUGACAAUUUGUUCGUUGCCGGUUGGGGAAAGACCGAAAGCAAAUCAGAGAGCGACGUGAAAUUGAAAUUGAAGGUUCCGGUGAAGAGUAACAGCGAAUGCAGUUCGGUGUACAGCGCGGCCAGAGUGAACCUUGGCAAAGGACAGAUGUGCGCGGGAGGACAAAAGGGCAAGGAUUCGUGCCGCGGCGACAGCGGUGGCCCACUGAUGUCCCUCGUCCAGGAUUCCGACGAAGUGUACUGGGUAGUAUCCGGCAUCGUGUCCUUCGGUCCAUCGCCGUGCGGAAUGCAAGGAUGGCCGGGCGUUUACACGAGAGUCACCGAAUACGCCGAUUGGAUAAUCAGCAAAUUGAAACCGUGAUCCUUCCAAUCCCACCAAUCAACGAGUCUUUAACAUUAUCUGCAAACCCAUAACUACUAGAA